AUGACUUCGAUUAGUUUUUGUAGUAAUUGCGAAGGUCGACCUUAUGAUUUAAUAUGUACAUGCGGUGAUAAAUUUGAUUUUGAUUGUAUUCAUUAUCAUAUCGAAGAAAUUGGUACUGAAAUACAAGAGAAGUCCCAAAUGGUUUCUGACAAAUUACUUCAACUUAAUGUUUUACAAGAGAAAGAGGAAGAGAAAGAGUAUGAAAAUACCAAUGCAGUUCAAACAGUUAUAGAUAAUUGGAAACGUAAACGUAUGCAAGAUAUCAAUGAUAUAGCAGAACAAACUUUGUACGAAUAUAAACGACAAAAAAAUGUUUUCAACGAUAUUCCAUCAAUUCAAGCGAAUUUCGAUAGAAUAUGUUCUUUAUUUCAUCGACCAACUCAUACAAAUUUAAAUGAUAUUAUUGCGCUUGGUCAUCAAAUUCAGCGUCUUCUUGAAGAUCAUCAAAAUUCAUCACCUACUAUUCCAGAUGAUACUAAUUUAGAUGCAUUACUUCGAGCAAAAUUAAUUCUAUCAACAUCAAGUACAAACAAUCAAGAGUUAAGACCAAUUGAAAUUGAACCACAACAAUUUGUAUCAAGUGAUCCAGUAAUAUCCGAUACAAGUAGAUUCAGAUCACCAGAACUAACAAAUCAAUUAACAAAUGGAACUCAUACAAUUGAAUUAACAAAUGGAACUCAUACAAUUGAAUUAACAAAUGGAACUCAUACAUAUGAAUUACCAAAUGUAGUUCAUACAAAUGAAUUAUCAAAUGAAAUUCAUACAAAUGAAUUAUCAAAUAAAAUUUAUACAAAUGAACUACCAAAUACAGUUUAUACAAAUGGAUUACCAGAUGAAAUUCGUACAAAUGAUUUAAUAAAUGACACUCGUAUAAAUGAUUUAACAAAUGACACUCGUACAAAUAAUUUAACAAAUGAACUACCAAAUACAGUUUAUACAAAUGGAUUACCAGAUGAAAUUCGUACAAAUGAUUUAACAAAUGACACUCGUAUAAAUGAUUUAACAAAUGACACUCGUACAAAUAAUUUAACAAAUGAAAGUACAAAUAACGAUGAAUUUGAUGCUGGUCAAACACGUCAAAUUCAACGUGUUAAUACAAUAUUAAUUGCUGUAAAUAAUGAUAAAUAUGCUGGUACUAUUUGUUGUCAUAAUAAUCAAUUAAUUUAUAAUGAUUAUGAUCGCACAAUUAGAAGUUCUCGUUUAACUUUUAUACCUAAUAUAUAUGAUCUGACAACAAAACAUUAUAUUGAUUGGUAUGAACCUGAUUCUGCAGUUGGUUCUGGUGAUGAUGAAUGGAUUCAAGAUAUUACAUAUUCAAAUAGACUCUCAGGCUAUUUAAUACUUAAUCGCGCACGUUUACGUCUAUUUAAAGAUUAUACAAAUGAUCUUAUUGAAUUUCAAACAUUUGUUGAUCGUACUAUGAAACGAUUAUCAUGUAGUGACAAUCAUAUUUAUUUAGUUGUUGCACCUAAUACGACAACUUAUCAUGGUGAUGAAAUUGUUCUUAUGAAUUAUGAUAAAGAAGAAAAAGUAUGUAAAACAUUUCGUGAUAUUAUGCCAACAAGAAUGAAUCGAGGAGCAGGGCCAUUAGUUGGAGAAAUAAGUGAUUUAACUGUUGUUUCAAAUGAAAAAAUAGCAAUGGGUUAUCGUUUUGAACGUCGUCAUGAAGUUGGUAUUUGUUUAUUUAAAAUUUCAAAUGACGGUAGAGAUUGGUCAUGUAUUAAACAAUUAUUACUUGAUGAUUGUUGGCAUAAUGAUUUAUCAUAUACACCAAAAAUGGAUUGGAGUGCAAAAUUAAAUGCUAUUAUUCUUAUUGAAUAUAUGACAGGUCAUUUAAUAGUGCUUGAUCAAGAUGGUCAAGUCACUGGUGAAUGUCGUUUUAUGCAUGUAGAAAAUCAUCGUGAAUCACCAAUUAAUUUAACUGUAGGAACAAAUAAUUUGCUAUGUGCACGAUUUGAAUCAUCAAUUGCUAUUCAUAAAAUUAUUUCAUAA